AUGUUCAGUGUUGUUUUUAGGGGCUACCGAAAGUCAAGGAAUGAUGCAGAUGACGUAGAAACGGCGCAGUCGUCGCAUCAGUUAACAGAGGACAAAAAAGAUGUGGCCCUGGAGACAGAACUAGAAACAAGGACGCCAUCCUCCUCCAUUAUCGGUUCAAAGCCUGGUGCUUUUGUGAAACCAUCGCCGACUUUUCCAACUUUUUCAGCUGCUACUCUAUCUCCAACUUAUGGACCACUGCCACUGUUUUAUCCGUUCUUCUUACCGGUGAGGCUUAAAAAAGGGAAAGAAUUGAAGACAAACUCGAGUAAGUAUCUUUGGUCUAGAGAGUACAUUGUUUCUCAAAAAGAGCAACUGAAAGCUGAAAGAGCGAUAUUGGUACCAUAUUGCCCUUAG